AUGGCGAUGGAGGAGGUGGAGAUUGACAUCGAGGGAGACGUUGUGGAGUCUCUGCGAUCUAUCGCCAAUUGUAGCGACGCGGAGAUUGAGGCGUUCGCUGGGGCGGCGCAAUCUGUCCUGUUGAGCUUGCAGCGGGAAGACGCAGCGCUUGACGGUCCCAUCUUUGAACAAAUUGAGGUGGAUCUGAUCAAGAAGCUGUACUCCGCCCUGGCGUGUCUGUUCGUGGAAGCGGCUAAAAGCAAUGCGUCAGAGGGAUCGCUUGUGAAGUUCUUGUCUGGAAGGAGUGGCGUGUCCGAAUCACAGGCGGAAAUUGUUGCACGAAUUUUUGUAGACGGGAAGGAGCGGUUGCGAAAGGAUUUGUCUCGUACGGGGGACUUUAGUAGCAUUUCCCGGCUGAAAGGAGUGGAUUGGCGCCUUGAGUAUCGUGUUGCGAGUGGUGACGAGGGCGAAGAGCAGGGUACAGGGCCGCAUCGGGCACCUCCGCGGAGAGAUCUUCUGUACCACGUUGUGCUGAAGACGGGAGAGAAAGUGGAGGGAGGUGAGGCGAAUGGGCAAGCAGCCUUUGCAUGUAGUGUCGAGCAGCUCCAGGAUAUGGUGUCGACGUUGAAGGAUGCGUGCAAGGCAGUUGAGAGGAUUGUGUACCAAGGGGAAGCGGUGACGUUAUUCUGCCUAUUCUUCGCUCAAGUGCUCUUGAUCGAGUAA